AUGACUCCAUCACCGCUCAGCAAAUCCCAGGCCGCGGAGAAAAUCCUUUUGGAGCAUGGGUUGGGUUGGUUGAUUCAGAAACUGGGUCUCCACAACGGCCACCUCCCGGAUGGGACGACCGCUAAGUUCCGGGUAGUCCAAUUCAUCAUCGAGCUUCCACAAGUUCGUCGGGAACUCUGCUGGAUCAGGACGUACUCAGAAUUUCAGGCUCGUGUGGAGCAUUUUCGGCGCACCAUCAGAGUCGUUACGAGCGUCUUGGAGCAGUCCAAAGCUGUCAUCAUGGCCAAUAGAAAAGCUCAACGCCUCGUACCAGUAUGGCCGGAUGAAUUGGAGUGGGACUAUUAA